CCGGGAUAUUAGCUGGUGGGAGGUGCGGCUGGGUUGCUACAGCCAGAGCUGGGCGGUGGCGGGCGCUGCUGAAGGAGUCUCGCUGAGCUCGAGGCGGCGGUGCAAUGGAGGGACUGGAAGAGAAUGGAAGUGUUGUCCAAGUUGGAGAAUUGUUACCUUGCAAGAUUUGCGGAAGAACAUUCUUUCCAGUAGCAUUAAAAAAACAUGGACCCAUUUGCCAGAAAACUGCCACUAAAAAACGGAAGACUUUUGAUUCAAGCAGACAGAGAGCUGAAGGAACGGAUAUUCCAACAGUAAAACCUCUCAAACCGAGGCCAGAACCACCAAAGAAACCAUCUAAUUGGAGAAGAAAACAUGAAGAAUUCAUUGCCACCAUAAGAGCAGCUAAAGGCCUUGAUCAGGCCCUCAAAGAGGGUGGCAAACUUCCUCCUCCUCCUCCACCUUCUUAUGAUCCUGAUUAUAUUCAGUGUCCAUAUUGUCAGAGGAGAUUUAAUGAAAAUGCAGCUGAUAGACAUAUAAAUUUCUGUAAAGAACAGGCAGCACGUAUUAGUAAUAAAGGCAAAUAUUCUACAGAUACCAAAGGAAAACCAACGUCUCGGACACAGUAUAAGCCACCUGCACUUAAAAAGUCAAAUUCUCCUGGAACUGCAUCAUCAGGAUCUUCACGAUUACCGCAGCCAAGUGGCACUAGCAAAACUGUUGUAGGUAUGCCUUCAGGUAAAGUGUCUUCAAAUACCAGCUCUUUGGGAAACAAACUUCAAACCUUAUCUCCCUCUCACAAAGGGAUAGCAGCCCCUCAUGCAGGAGCUAAUAUCAAACCUCGAAAUUCCACACCACCUAGUUUGGCAAGAAAUCCGGCCCCAGGUGUGCUUACAAACAAAAGAAAAACAUAUACUGAGAGCUACAUAGCCAGACCAGAUGGAGACUAUGCAUCUUCCCUUAAUGGUGGGAAUAUUAAAGGCAUUGAAGGAAAUUCACCUGGGAACUUACCAAAAUUCUGCCAUGAGUGUGGGACUAAAUACCCAGUAGAAUGGGCCAAGUUCUGCUGUGAAUGUGGUAUUCGAAGAAUGAUUCUAUGAAUAGAAUCUCAAAAAAAACAAAAGCCAAGUUCAGAGUUUAUGAUUAUUGCUGCUUGGACAGCUAGAGCACUCACUUCCUGUAGUUAUUUUGUGCUAAAAAUACACAAAAUACCAUUUCCAGUAAUUUUGGAGCAUAAUUUUUUGGCUAUAUGUGUGUGUAUUUAUAUGUAUACAUAUACUGUAUAUAAUAAAUAUCUCAUAUCCCA